AUGGAAUUAAAGAAGAAAUACAAAACAGUUUUACCAUUGUGUGGUAGCUGUAAGGUAGAAAUCCUGGACAGGCGUCUAAACCAAAAUUGUCGGGCUCGAAAUACAGAUUGUCAGGAGAAAACGUUUUCGAAGUCCAGCCACAUGGCUGCAAUAAACGAUGGUAAUGCAGAACUUCCAUCCUGUACCUCCAGGUGGACGGAAGACAAUUUAAAGCAGCUGCAGAUAUCACCCUUGAAAUCCAGGGUAUACACGGCGAAGGAGAUUAUAUCGCUUUCUCUGAACGAAGAAGCAGAUAAGAGGGUUUAUAAAAUCGAUGACCACUUCUACCGUUAUAUGCCAUAUGGUUUUGUUGCACUAGACUUUGAUGACUUUUAUUCUGUUAAAUAUGAAACUGUUUACUCGCUUCUUUACGAUGCAAAUGGACACCAAAUGCCGAGUUUUAAAUUGGAAUCGCUUCCAGAGUAUACAGACCAACAUUGGUGUAAUAUGUUCAGAGUCUAUGGAGAGCAGUUCUGUAAACACCUGAUUUAUAUGGCCUGGCAGCGAGAACGCGGAGUGUCCAUCUCAGCUUGUAUGUUCCAGCAACUCUUCCAGCACUUCACCGCUAUGUUUGGACUUCACUCCAUUGGUUUACCAAGUCUGCAUCAGGAGCAAGUCCGUAUCAAAAAUACUGACGUCCGAUCAACUCCCAACCUUUCCUUCUGUAACCCUCCAAGUUAUGAAAAAGAUUCUUUAAAAACAUAUGCAAUCUGCACGGUGAAAAAACUACACAGUGAGGAGAAACUGGAAUCCCCUGAAUCACCUCCUACCAAACAGAGGAGGAGGGGUGAAGAAGUGGUCCAGGGAGUUGUGUCACACUUAUGUCCCGAUUUGAUUGGACAGCAUGGCGGUCAACUAUUUGUCCACUUUCAAAAUAGAUCGGAAAACCAGUUAGGACUACUGGGGUUUAUUGUACAGGACACCAAUGUGACUUUUACUCACUUUUCUUGUGAAGAUGAAGACUAUGACCUCAUGAUAAAGGGGAAGGCUGCUUUUCCAGAGGGGUCAAAUCCAGUGAUAAAAUUCAGCAGGCCCUACAACUACUUAAAAUCUGAGGACAGACUCCACAUUAUACAACCUCUUCUCAAACUUGGAUUUGUACAGUCCAUACUGUAAAGACUCAUACUGAAUAUAAAAUUGUAUGUACAUGCUUGUGAGAUGAAAAAGUUUUUUGCAAGUAGCUGUAUGAAAUACAGUUUUAUGAUCUCAUA